AUAGAGGUAUUCCAUGCCGAAAGGGUAAAUCCCCUUUCUUGGAAUCCUGCAUGUUGAAAUGCUUUAGGACAGUGUCUACGUAUGUGGAUUGGGAUAGGCACCACUUUCUCUUCUCUCGGUCGCAAAUGACCUUGAUUCUGAGAACAUGUCCUACUUCACCCAAAUCCUUCAUAUCAAACUGCUUGGAUAACUAUACCUUUACGUCUGAUAACAUCUUCACACUAUUUCCAAUGAGAAGAAUAUCAUCCACGUACAGCACUAGAAACACCACCACGUUUCCAUCACUUUUCUUGGAACCCGAUCACCCGGUUCUUCCUCAGGCCACAGUAGUCGCACAGUUCUGCGACUAUCAUGCUGAGAAAUUCUCCGGGCAGGGAGACCCCCGUAUUGUGGACGAGUGGAUUCAGGGCCUUGAGUUGAUUUUCGAGGUCAUGGAUUGUCCAGACAGAUAUCGUGUUAUCUGCGCUCAGCUUCAGCUAACUGGUGAUGCCGGGCUCUGGUGGAAUGCCUACUGGAGCAUGCGUCCCGGCGAGAAGGAGGGUUGUACAUGGGAUAGGCUCAAAGAGCUAAUCCGCGAGAAGUACUACCCCACCUACUACAGAGCAGAGAUAGAGCGGCAGUUCGUGUUGCUCAAACAGGGUACUCGAUCUGUUGACGAGUACGAGAGAGAGUUUACCAGAAUUGUAGCUUUU